CCACUCUUGUUUCCGUCUUGACUUAGGACUGAAGCAGGAACCGUAUUACGUAUUUUCAGUGUUCUGGCGUAGGCGUGACGUGACGCCAUGUUGUGAAAAGUGUCUGAGCAAAAAUUGAUAAAUAUUCCAGAAAAAGUGCAAUCCACAAACCAUUGCGAAUUGAAUUCAAUUGUUGAAGUUAGCCAGCGACAGUAAGGAUGGCUAAGCGAUAUUUGAGCCUGGUGAUGCUACUGCUGCUGCAGUGCAUCUGGGCCACACCACAGCGGACUGCCGCAUACUCGCUUCAGGCGGCCGUUGACGAGCUGCAUCGUCGCGAGGCAGCCAAAUAUCCAUUAAAUGCCCCACCCCCGCUGGAUGACUGGGAAGACGAUGCAGACUUAUUUGGAAAGAGCAAGAAUCGUAAUCGGCAUCGAGUUAAUAAAGUGCUCGCCAAGUACUUAGAACGCGACUCGGACGACUUUGAGCCGGAUCGGGCCCUGGGCCCGCCGUUCAGUGGCUAUGACUUUGGCCCUGGCGCUGGCGCUGGCGAGGAUGUGGACAGCGGUCGCAAUAAUCUCUUUGCCGACGAGAAGAGGAAGCGCUUCUCCGCCGGCCCGUCCCUCUUCCGAGAACGUGACGAGCAGCUUGAUUCACCAGCUCCGUCCGUGUUCCGUGAGCGUGCCGAGCCGCUAAGCGGAGAGCCCACGCAUAACGAGCUGGCCGAUCAGUUUCUGCGCGAGAUCGAGGAGGCCGGCGAGCAGGAGCGCAACGAGCGGUACAAGGAUGCAGUGCGUCAGUGGUGGCAUCAUUUCGACCAGCGCCAGCAACUGGCCAAAGAUGUGCAGCAGCCGCAGCAGCCGCAACAGCUGCAGCAGGAACAGAAUCUGGAUCCCGACCUGUUCGAACAGAAGAAGCGGAUGCGGGUACCACCGUACUACCUGUUGAUGCAGAAGAAGCGCUCCUACCCGGUCCUUCCCUGGCUGCCGUACAAUGCCGACAAGAAGAAGCGCUUCCCAGUAGCCAAGCGAGCCAUUGGCAGCAACCACGAAAAGAUGCCGCUGGGCAAGACCGACGAGCGAGUGGCCCAGGAGCUGAGCGAGCUUUUCGGCAAUCCCGUCGACUCUCAUCUGAAGCCGCAACAGGAGCAGUCGGACGAGAAAAAGAAGCGUUCGGCCGAUGAGCCCAAUACCACGACCACCGCCCAUGUCCCGGAGAUGCCGGCAGCCACGACCACGGCUCUGGGUGACAUGCGAUUGGAGAUUAACUUUCAGCGCGUAAACGUGACCAAGGAGAAGCCUGCCACUGCCGCACCCCCAGCCGCUGGUACUGGCGAGAUGGUCCAGCAUGGCGGACACGCCGGCCACCAUGGCAACCACGUGCCCGGCAUGGCUCCCGAGUACCGCCAUCGCAAGCGCAGCGAUCAUGUCCAUCACAGGGACAGUGACGAGCACGACGUGGACGAGCACGACGAUGAGGGUGAGGAGAGCUCCGACGAGGACGAUCAUGAUGAGUUCGAUGAGGAUGAGGGCGAGGUCGAGCCGGACACCGAGACGGAUGCCGAGGAGCGGCGCCGCAAGAAGAAGCGAGCAGCUGUCGGCGGUGGCGCCCACUCCAAACAUCUGCGGGCUCCCACUGUGGGCCAUCUGAUGCUGAGGGCCAAGAAGUCGAUCGACUGGUCCCAGUACUUUGGUCUGGACCUGGACCGCAAGAAGAAGUCUGCACAGAUAACUGAGCAAACGAAGAAGCGUUUAGAAGAAGACAGCACAAACAACAAUAGUAACAACAACAACGAAGAGGAGGAGCCGGAAGAGGAGGAGGAGGAGGAGAGGAAGAAGAAGAAGCGGGACAUGGACCCGGAGAAGCUGGAGAGCAUGGACAGGAAGCUGCAGUCGAUCGAAGAUUUCAUCAUCGAUGAGACCAUCAAGUAUACGGGUGCCCACGAGGGCGUCAACAACAGGGAGGACAUACGUAAGAUCAAGGACCACGUCCUGUCGCGCUUGGCCACGGCCUACAGCCUGGAGAAGAUGCGCCGUGCUCUGGACAAGCUGCGGCAGUCGGUGGACAACGAUAACCACCUGCUCCGCAACACCAUCGAACCAGAGUCGGAGGAGAACACCCUGGAGCAGAACUACUGGACGGCCAAGAAGCGCUACAGCGUCAAGAAGGAGCAGGCUGAGGAAGCCAAGCCGGCGCAGGACAUGGAGAAGAGGAAGCGCAGCGGAUACUUGCGUUACCCGGAGCAGCCCAACAACAUGGAGGAGGCACCCGCCUCCCCUGGCAGUGUCCCCUACGAGACCCUAAACGAUGCCUAUCUUGGCAACAAGAACUACAUCAUCGGCUCCAACCAGUGCCCCGUCAUUGAGUCCAUGGCGGAGCGCUGUCGGGGAGUAGACUUGAUUUCAGGGGACAUUAAUCAAGAGCUUCUUCCGCUUUGCGGUGUCCAUCAGAUCUGUUACCUCUGUGGAGCCUCGCAGGUGGCCUGCGACUAUCAGUAUUUGGCCGAGGCUGAUAGCAUUUGUGGCAGCAGCAAUGAUUGCCAGUCGGCGGCACGCUCCAUCCUGAUGAUACUUCGCGGCACGCCCGGCCGACAGCUGGGACCGCGCGAAUGCUUGAAGAAUCCAUGUCUGUACAGGGCCAUGCGUGAGAUCGGGCUAUAAACGUUUUCCUAUCAUUCCAAACUCCUCAGUGUGCGCUCAAAAGGAAUAAUCAAAGAGGCAGCUGCACAGGAGAGCAGGGAGCCCCAAGUACUAUUAAUCAAAAAGCAAAACGAAUAUGCUGAACUAGCAAAGAUCAAACGUUUGAUUCAAAACCAAAACCAAAUAUAUAGAAUAUUUUGAUGUGUGUAUUUUCCUGUCUACCACUCCAUAGGCGGUGGCAGAGGGCAACCUAGAGUACUACUUAUGCUAAUUGCAAAUGUAAAAUUUAUAAUCACUUGAACCUGCAGCAGUUGACACCGAAUAUGAGCUGAUUUUCAUUGAAAAUACCAGAGUAUCGAAAGAACAAGAUCAUCCUACUAAACACUAAACACUAAACACCAAAGAUUGCAUAUUCGAUGGAACAAACUCAGCAAGAACCCGGAGGAUACAAUACAAAAGAAAGCGACAGUCCAUUUAAACAGCGUCUUUGAACCACACACAACACAACUAUUGAAUGUUACUCGUAAAUGUCCAAAAACAGAAAGUUUGCUAAACAUAUUUAAUGUUAUAUACGUGUUGGUGUACAAACAAAGGUCGUCAUAAUCAAACUUACUCUAUAUAUCCACAGGACCUACAUAUAUAAUCAAGCCAAAAAAAC